CCUGCAUCAUCUGAAGCCGGGAGUGAGAUAAACUACUACAGCUUUCAAGGGCUUGUAAUUUUGGAAAAAUACUUUGAUUUAUGUCAUAAAAAGAACUGCCUCUGUGUGUUUCUCAUUCCAGAAUAGGGCAGACAUUAGGACCCUGCACAAAAAGUCACAAGAUGGAAAACGUAAGGAUCAUAAUUGAGUCCAGAAGGGGUCCCAUAUAAGGAUGUUAGGAACUGAUGCUUCUCACAAGAUGUGCUGUCUUUCCUUUCCAUGUGCAGCUAUGGCAGUGUGUUUCAAGUGGCCUGACAAACACCAGAACCAUGUACCUCAAAGGAUGAAAAUAUCCUCGGCCAACUGAAAUGAAAAGCUGGAUAUAGGACUCAGGCUACCUCUUAUUAAAGAGCCAUGAAACUAUACCUUCUGCUUUUCCUGGCAGUUAUGAAUGUAGGGACUUCUACAUAUCGUCCCUGGGAAGCCUUUCCAUGUCAAAUAAAUGAAAUGGAAGUUCAUUGCCAUAACAAGAGCUUACAUCAUUUCCCUACAGAUCUUCCACGCAACAUUGACAAAAUUGAUCUAUCAAAAAACCACCUCAAAAACAUAACUAGAGAUCUAUUCCAGUUUUAUGACAUGCUUCGUUACCUGGACCUAAGUUCAAACAAGAUAAGCUCCAUUGAACCUGGUGUCUUUCAGAACAUGACCAUGUUGGAAGAAUUAAAUCUUGCAAAUAAUUUGUUAUCGGUGCUUGCCAGUUCAAAUGGUCAAAGGUUGGGCUGUCUUCCAAAUGUUAAGAAACUUAACCUGUCAAGCAACAAAUUGUAUACGGGAAUGACUGAAUAUUUCAUACACGAUGCUCCAUCUCUUCAAUAUCUCUCCUUAACCAAGAACAGUAUUACAGGAAUAACACAGAACACAUUCCGAGGUGCUCCUAACUUAAUCAGCAUCGACCUAAAUCAAAACAUGAUUUUAGAAAUUGAAGAAGGUGCCUUUGAAACUCUACUUAAUCUUACAAGUCUCUAUUUGCACAUGAACUCAAUCACCUGUAUUUUGGAUUUUAACCUUUUUUCACUACAAAUUCUUGAUCUUAGUAGAAACAGCAUAGAGUCUUUCCAACCUGCAAUAUCUGAGCAAGAAUUUAAACUACAGUGGUUAAACUUAAAGGAAAACAAACUUAUUACAUUCCCCACAUUUCCAAAGAGAAGCAACUUGACAUAUGUCAAUCUAUCCCAUAAUAUAAUACAACGUCUUAAUGUGGAGGCCCCAGAGCAAGAAGAUGGAUACAUGGGCUUCAACCAUUUGGAAAGGAGCAAUGAUUUUUUCACCCAGUCUCUUUAUAAUAGCAGAGACCACUCAUCCUUUCACAGUUUGUCCAGUAUUCAGAAUCUGGAUUUAAGUUACAAUGAGAUCAAAACUAUUUCAAAUGAUUUUUUUGAAAGCAUGGUUUCCCUUCAGUUUCUGAAUCUUAGUAACAACUGUCUUCAGAGUUUUGUAGUGACUAAGAAUGAUUUGAACUCUCUUUUAACACUAGAUUUAAGUUAUAAUUCAAUAAAGAACUUAUCUAUAGAUCCGGACACACUUAAACAUUUACGUAUCUUUUAUCUUCAACACAACCACCUUUAUGUACUUUCAGCUAAUGUCUUUAUGGGGCUUUCUAGUCUCAAUACACUGUAUCUAUGCAACAAUAAUAUUAGCAUUUGUGGUCCAAACCUUAAACCUAAAAAACUUCAAAAUGGAGAACAAGUUCAUGGUUGUGUAUUUUUUUACAAUAUCUCUAAACUGCAACAUCUACAUCUUAGUCAUAACAGCAUACCUUGUGUGCCAAGAAAUGCUUUCUACUGGACCCCAUUGCAAUAUUUAGAUCUUUCCUUAAAUGAAGGUAUUCAGAUAAUGCCAGGUGCUCUCUCAGGACUGGAAUCAUUUCUGGAACAUUUGUAUUUGCAAGGCAAUAAACUGGAGACCUUGAACAUUGAUCUUCCACAGUUUAGCCAACUUCAAAAAUUAAACUUAUCUGGAAAUCGAUUAUCUUCCUUGCCUCCUUGGAGUCAAAACUCUGUUCUUGAGCUUCUGGACCUCCGAAAUAACUGUUUUAGUAAUUUACAAAACAGCAACAUUCUAUACUUAGAAAAAACUUUGAAGAUGUUAUACUUAGGUGGGAAUCCUUUCAGAUGUUGUCAGAAUAUGUGGCUGAUAAAUAUGAUUAAUGCAUCAUUAGUCACUAUUCCUGAUCAAGAAUCAAUCAGAUGUCACUAUCAGAAAGACUCAGUGCGCUUGGAUAUAGAAAAGCGGGACCAGUACCUGGCAGAUUGUGAAGAAGAUAUAAGAAAUGUUAAUGUUCUCAUACUAGUCACAAUUGUUCUAGUGUUAGUUUUGAUCAUUACAGGAUUUGUCUCUUUUUCCUGCUUCCACAAACAGAUAUUUAAGCACCAUUUCAAGGCAUAACAUUGAAACCAUGAUUCCUUGGAAAUGUCUUUCAACAGUACAUUAAAGAAAAUUGUGCAGGCAAGGCAAACUAUUGUAGUUUAGUCAAGAAGGAACAGAUUUUAUGAAUGUGAAUAAGACUCCAUAUUACUGAAGGGAGCCUAAAGCCUAAAAAUCUCAAUACUGAUUUAGGAUUUUGCAAAGGUUUGAUUGAACGUGGGUGUGUGUGUGUGUGUGUGUGUGUGUGUGUGUGUGUGUGUGUGUGUGUAAUAAAUAUUAUACACACACACACACAUAUAUAGAUAUAGAUAGGGGUUACCCAGUAUUGAUCAAAUGUCACUUAUGGUGACUUCUGUAUUGUUGAACCACUUUACUUGACAUAUACAGAUGGUCGACAAAUGUGGAAGAUCAACGGACCACAGGAUAAGGGAUAAGCCCUUUGCCAGGAGAUUGUGUGCUCUUGGAGAUACUACAUAUAAUUAGCAGGGGUUAUGGGGGGGUAGAGUCAUCAACAUAGGGGUGGAAAGGGGCUUGCCCCCCUGCAAAAACCCUUUAUUAUCUCUUCCUUGUUCUAGUACUUAGUGUUGAGGUAUGCACUAUAACAUGUCAACAUGUUUUUAUCAUCAUAAGUGUGUCAAUGUUAACUACAUCAACAUUUGCAUGGAUUGAUAUUAAUUGUAUGUAUAUAUAUAUAUAUAUAUAUAUAUAUAUAUAUAUAUAUAUAUAUAUAUAUAUAUGUUUAUUAUUGAAAAUUUGAUUACUAUCACAUACGGAAACAAUAUCCUCAACCAACAGUCAUGCCCUACAGCCAACAAGAUCAUGGACCGUAAUAUCAAGCAGAUGAACAUAUUCCUCCUAGCAGGACCCAUGGUAGUGCUUUUUCCAGGGUACUCACACUUUGGGAGUGCCUCUGUUUAUGGUUUUUCAGUGUUGUGGUCCUUGAUUUUGCUUGGGGUAUAGGAAUAUUGUUUCUUAAUGUGAUGAUCAUCAAUUUUUUAAUAUUAAACCAUAUUAUGUCUAUUGUUUUUAUAUAGAGAUAGAAAGAUAUAGAUACACACACGCACACAC